AUGCCAUCUGAUGAGAUCGACAUCGGAAAUAAUGUCAAAUUGAAAGUGUUACGCAUCAAUCAUCUUUGCGUUGGUGACAGCCUGGAGAAUAAAAAAUACCAGAACGUGGAAGUUCUGGACCACGCCUCUGAUGUCUCCUACGAUGACAUUCGCUCCCUGUCAAAAGAGCGUCUAAAGGAUACUCUCGUCCAUUACGUGGAACCACCUGCUUCCGACAAUCUCUCGAAGCCUGUUAUCUUGGAGUCUAUCACGCCUAGGCACCGCAAACGGAAGAUGCGUCCAGCCAGUGAGAAGGUGGUGGAUGAAGAGGACGAGGAGGAUGAGCAUGACGGCGAUGAGGAGGAUACACCCGAUGAGGAUGACAGUGCGUUUAUUUCUCAAGACGAUGAAGACCCCGGGGAAUAA